ACAGGGUGGUCUUGUGAAGUUUUCAUUGAGGAGGAGAAAAGUGUAAUCAUAUGAGGUAAAGCAUAGAGCUGUGCGGGGCUGGGUCGUGCGCGAUGUCUGUUAAGGCUACUCCGAAAGAAAUUAUAGUCUCGCUUUUACGCAUUUCCAAGUGUCUUCUCUUACAAAACCAAUGGAGAAUUAAGAAACAGGACGCUUGACUAACUCCGUUAACUAUCGAAGACGGAGAUGAUGAAUUUGCAAUUUGCUGACCGUAUUUCAUAAUUGUUUUCUGUUUUAAGCACGGUGAAGUAUUUAUUUACUCUAAGCGUGGUCCAACCGUUAUCAACAGGUAGCCUAGUGUGGAUAAACUGCAACAUCGUUGUUUACAACCACAUUUUCCCCUGUUAGAAAUAGUGUGAAACUCCGUGUAACGUUUGUUAUCCAACUGGCCCAGAUGUUUAGGGUCUUGGAUAUGGGGUGUCGAAACUAAGGGCAGAGGAAGCAGCUGUGCCUAAACUUUUCUCCGCUGUUGGCUAUGACUUAUCAAAAGCGCUGUUUUGGACUUGGACUUCUAAAAAGGAUGUUGGAGACACCAACGGGACAAUGCCCUCUCACCUGGACUUUGGAGAGAGCUGGACGGGUGCAUUAAGAUUCCCCAAUGCAAGAUAGCAGCGUAUCACAAUAAGACAGCUGCCUGUUUAUAUUUUAUACAUCUUAAGGAAUGGCUUCCCAGGUGGUGUGCGGACUGAUCUUCAGGCUGCUGCUGCCAGUUUGUCUCGCUGCAGCGUGUCUGUUCCGGUACAAUGCCCUGUCCUUCAUCUACCUCAUCUACCUCCUACUCAUCCCAUUGUUCCCAGAACCCACCAAAACAACAAUGCGAGGCCACACAGGACGCCUGCUCAAGUCCCUGUGCUUCACUAGUAUAGCCUUCCUGCUUCUGCACAUCAUCUACCAGGUCACCGUCAACAGUCUGUUAGCAGGAGACAACCUAGAACCCAACUUCAACUGUUCAACAUGGGAGAAGUCGGUUCGACAGCUGGGCUUGGAAAGUGUCCGAGGUGCCGAUGCAGGAAACGGAAUCCGUGUGUUCAUCCCAGACAUCGGCAUGUUCGUGGCGGGCCUGGUCACGUGGCUGCUGUGCCUGAGUCUGGAGGAGAAGCAGCAGGUGAAAGACACGUCGCAGCAGCACAACGCCAACUGCGAGCCAGAUCAGGAAAAGAAGGAAGACGAGGAUGAGGAAGAUGAGGCGGAAGGGGAGAAAAGGGAGGAGGUGGAGGAGGAGAAAAGGGAGGAGGUGGAGGUGGAGGAGAAAAGGGAGGAGGUGUGGAUGGAGGAGGACGACCUGGUGUUCGAGGAGGACUAUGAACACGGGGAUGAAGAGAUGACCGGGGACGAGGUGGAGGAGACAGGAGAGGGGGAAGAAGGGGAAGGUGAAGAAGAGGAGGAGAGCACUAAGAUGAUAAUCCUUCGUCAGAUAGCGGCGGUGGCGUCCAAAGUCAAGGAGAUCAUUGGGAAUCUUAUUACCACUGCAGGGAAAGUAGUGGUCACCAUAUUACUGGGCCUUACAGGCAUCAUGCUGCCCUCCCUGACCUCUGCGGUGUACUUCGUCACCUUCCUGGGCCUGUGUACCUGGUGGUCCUUCUGUCGGACCUUCCACCCGCUCAUUUUCAGCUGUCUGUGUGUCCUCAUGGCCAUCUUCAGUGCUGGACACCUGGUGGUUCUCUACCUCUACCAGUUCCAGCUCUUCCAGGAGCUCAUCCCACCCGGGGAUAGUUACGCCAGUCUGUUUGGCAUCUCGUCGGUGGUACAGACUGACUGUUCCUACACCUGGAUGUUCCGGGUCAACCCGGCGCUGGCCUGGCACCACUAUGUCAACCCCAUCAUGCUGCUGGUGCUCUACUACACCCUGGCCACGCUUAUACGCCUUUGGCUCCAGGACCCCACAGACAUGCUCAUUUCCACCCAAGAUGGAUACGGCACGUCUGAGGUGUUGAUAGUAACCUCCAACGGAUCUCGUCCGGACUAUGUCCCCACCAGCGGGCCGCUGGGACUGGACCAGUACUCUACACCGCAGUACAAACCAGACCAACCAGGGCCAGACCUGGCAGAGAGAAAGGACAGCAGUGUGUAUGAGGUGGCCGGGGUGCGUGGCGAGGGUUCGGAAGAAGAGAUGGCGGGAGGGGCGAUGGCAACUGCGCCAGUGGAGGAGGGAGGAUCGCCACGAGCAAACACCGCGGUAACGACCUUCAGGUUCAUCAUGAAGCAAAGCUACAUCUGUGCUCUCAUCGCAAUGAUGGCGUGGAGUAUCACCUAUGUGAGUUGGCUGACCUUUGUGUUCCUCAUCUGGUCGUGCACGCUGUGGAUGGUGCGUGACCGACGCAAGUACGCCAUGAUCACGUCCCCCUUCAUGGUGUUCUAUGGGAACCUGUUGAUCAUCCUCCAGUACAUCUGGAGCUUUGAGAUCCUCCACCCCGUGCCUGGGCUCUUCUUAAAGAAAGAGGUGCCCUUCCGGGAACUGGGCUCCAAGAUGCUGUGUCUGCUGAGUUUCUGGCUGCUGCUGAGACAGGCGUUGACAGAGAGGAAGGAGAGCCAGAGAGAAGAGGUGCUAUUGGACAUCAGGGUCAUCCAUGCCCACAAGAACGAGAAGGAGGAGGAGGUGGAUGAGAGCGGUGGCCACAGGGAGAUGAUGCAGGUGCUAGGCAACACGCUCACGGCCAUGCUGAACAAGUACUGGAUCUACAUCUGCGCCGGCAUGUUCUUCUUCGUCAGCUUCCAGGGACGCAUCGUCAUGUACAAGAUCAUCUACAUGAUGCUGCUCCUCUUCUGCGUGGCCUGCUACCAGGUGCACUAUGAGUGGUGGAGGAGGAUGCUGAAGUACUUCUGGAUGUCUGUGGUGUUCUACACCAUGCUGGUCCUCAUCCUGGUCUACACCUUCCAGUUUGACUCCUCCAUCCACGUCUGGUCCAACAUGACAGGCAUGAGCAAAGACAAACUAGAGGACCUGGGCCUGGAGAAGUUCUCUGUCCCGGCUCUGUUCAUGCGGAUCUUCAUCCCCACCUCCUUCCUGUUGGUCUGCAUCCUCCACCUGCACUACUUCCACCAGCACUUCCUCCUGCUCACUGACAUCAAGACGGUGGCCGACAAACAGAAGAGCACAAUCACUAGGCUGGUGCACCUAGAUGGCAGUCUGGCAGACAUCUCUCUGAUCAAACCCACCCUCACUGUGACCACCAAAGAGGAGGAGGCUGGUGAGAAGGUGCAGCUGGAAGAGGAGGAUAAGAAGGAGGUGAAUAGAAGAUAUGAGGAGGAGGAGUUGAGAAGGUAUGAAGAACCACUGGAGUACUGCAGCAAGACGGAGAGCUACCCCUGCCCCCCCAAAGCACAACCAGAGUCUCCGGUCGAUGAGAUGUCAGACCUGAGGAGUAAGUGGUAUCUGGUGGUGGACCGCCUCACGGUGCUCUUCCUCAAGUUCCUGCAGUACUUCCAGCAGCUGCAGCUGACCGUCUGGUGGCUCCUGGAGCUCCACAUCAUCAAGAUUGUCUCCUCUUACAUCCUCUGGGUCUCCAUCAAAGAGGUGUCUCUGUUCAACUACGUGUUCCUGGUGAGUUGGGCGUUCGCCCUGCCCUUCAGUCAGUUCAGGCCCCUGGCCUCCAGCGUCUGUACCGUCUGGACCUGUGUCAUCAUCGUCUGCAAGAUGCUCUACCAACUCACCUCUAUAAACCCCUCUACAUACUCCAACAACUGCUCCAUGCCUCUGAACUACACGGAUGCCCAGAGGAGUGAGAUGGCCCACUCCCUGCUCUACAGCGCCCCUGUGGACCCAGCCAACUGGGUGGGCCUCCGCAAGUUCUCCCCCCUACUGGAGAACCUGAGGAACAACCUGUUGAUACUGGCCCUGCUGGCGUUCGAGGUGACCAUCUACCGUCACCAGGACCUGUACCGCAUGAGUAACAACCUCACCACCCCCGUCACCAGAACCAUCUUCCAUGAUAUCACCCGGCAACACCUCGACGACGGCAUCCUCAACUGUGCCAAGUACUUCAUCAACUACUUCUUCUACAAGUUCGGCCUGGAGACAUGCUUCCUGUUAGCGGUGAACGUGAUUGGCCAGAGGAUGGACUUCUACGCCAUGCUCCAUGCCUUCGGUCUGAUCGCGGUCAUCUACCGCCGGCGGCGAAAGGCCAUUGCUGAGAUCUGGCCCAAGUACAGCUGCUUCCUGGCCUGCAUGCUCACCUUCCAGUACUUUGUCUGCAUUGGCUUCCCACCGGCCGCCUGCAAAGACUACCCAUGGAGGUUCCCCUCAUCCUCCACAGACUCCAACGUCAUCAAGUGGCUCUAUUUCCCUGACUUCCACACCAAGCCCAACCCCCUGUUCCUGCUCUAUGACUUCAUGCUGCUGCUGUGUGCCUCACUGCAGAGGCAGGUGUUUGAGGAGGAGAACGAGGCUGCCGUGCGCCUCUUGGCCGGGGACAACGUGGAGAUCUGCAGGGACCUGGACGCCGCCUCCUUCAGUCAGCACAACCCCGUCCCUGACUUCAUCCACUGCAGAUCCUACCUGGACAUGCUGAAGGUGAUCAUGUUCAGCUACCUCUUCUGGUUCGUGCUCACCAUCAUCUUCAUCACGGGCACCACGCGCAUCUCCAUCUUCUGUAUGGGCUACCUGGUGGCCUGUUUCUACUUCCUGCUCUUCGGGGGCGACCUGCUGCUCAAGCCAAUCAAAAGUAUCCUGCACUACUGGGACUUCCUGAUUGCCUACAACGUGUUUGUGAUCACCAUGAAGAACAUACUCUCAAUACUAGCCUGUGGGUACAUAAAAGUCCUGGUCACCGAUCACUGUUGGCUCAUUCAGCUCUUCAGCCUGGCCUGCACUAUAAAGGGCUAUUCUAAACCUGAGCAGCACAGCCACAAGCAGUGUGAGUUGCCUAGCGACGAGGCAGGCAUCAUCUGGGAUAGCAUCUGUUUUGCCUUCCUGUUGCUACAGCGACGUGUUUUCAUGAGCUACUACUUCCUGCACGUGGUCGCCGACAUCCGCUCCUCACAGAUCCUGGCCUCCAGAGGGGCUGAGCUGUUCCAGGCGACCAUAGUGAAAGCUGUCAAAGCCCGGAUCGAAGUGGAGAAAAAGUCUAUGGACCUGCUGAAGAGACAAAUGGACCGCAUCAAGAGUCGACAGCAGAAGUUCAAGAGAGGCAAGGAGAGGAUGUUGAGCUUGGUGCAGGAAAGCGGAGACGCCAAGGAUGAGGAGGGGGAUAAUGAAGAUAAAGAAAAUACUGACAAAGAGAAGAGCAGGGGGAAGACAAAGAAGCAGUGGUGGAGGCCGUGGGUGGACCAUGCAUCCAUGGUGAGAAGUGGUAACUAUUACCUGUUUGAGACUGACAGUGAAGAAGAGGAGGAAGAGGAGGAUAAAAAGGAGGAAGAGCCACCCAAGAAGUCUGCAUUUCAGUUUGUGUACCAUGCCUGGAUCACUGACUCCAAGACGGCUAUGAAGGAGCGCAGCAAGGAGAAACGCCGCUUCUGGAAGAAAUACACUGAAGGGAGCAGCAGCAAGCCAAGGAAAGAGGACCCGAGGGAAGCUGUUCAUGUUACUGUUGAAGUGGAGGAUCAAAAGGAGAUGGAGGAGAAGAAAGAUGGACCAGACAACAUCCUGAAGCGAGUCUUCAACAUCGUCAAAUUCUCCUGGGUGUUGUUCCUGGCCAUGUUGGACAGUUUCACAGCCUGGAUCAAUUCAAUGUGUCAGGAACACCUGGACAUCUCCACCGUGCUGCGCAUUGAGCGCUGCAUGCUCACUCACGAGGUCAAAAAGGGGAACAAGCCUUCGCGGGAGAGCAUCCACGUGUACUACCGCAAGCAGAUGUGCAAGGCUGCGUCCAUUGAGUCUGGCCUGGAGAGAACCGAGGAGGAUACGUGCCAGGACUGCAUCCCCCACAAGGCCGAGCGGCAGAGCUGUGCCUAUCUGGAGAGCCAAGACCCUAUGGUGUCUCAUGACACCAGUGCGUACACAGAGAACACCCUGCUCUGCUCCUGUCGUUCCACACUGGACCACAUUGAUAUGGGUCCUGACAGCAUCCAGAUGCCCAGGACCAGCGAGCGUGCCCAUCCUAAACUCUGCAAGAUGGAAGGCCUAGACCUAGAGUCCACCUCCUCAACCGACGGCAGAGACAGCCAGUCCAGUGAGCACACCCAGUGCACAGCCACCUGCUCCUGCCAGGGGACCACCAACCCCAUCAAAGAGACAGGAGAGGAGCCAGGCCAGGACCUCCAGGACCCCCACUCCUCCUACACCGAGAUCCCAUCCACCUCCACCUCCAUGGGGCUGUACCUGGACCAUGAGGGGAGUCUUCUCUCCAGGUCUAAGGGAAUGGACUGGGACAGCCGGGACAGGGUUCUAGAGACCGAACCUGCAGGGUGGGGGAGGGGACCGUGCUACGCCCACCACAGUGAGCUCCAGCUCUACCAGGCAGACCUCUCCGGUAACACCCCCACAGACACAGACAUCCCCCCCUCAUACAGCAGAGCCACAGGCCUGGACAGGGAGGAGGCCGAGCAGGUCUCAUCCAGUAGGACCCAUCAUGAGAACAGGCUAGUUGUGGUGACGCCUGACGAGAAGUCAGAUUUUCUGUCGGGCGUCACGAGCACCACGUUUCCCUCGCUCACCCACGAGCUGACCGCCAGCGAUCUGCUACGCAAUAGGAUGUUCUACGACGAGGAGCUGGAAGACUCUGAGCGUUUCUACGGCAACCAGCCGGCGCUACUCCAGCUGCUCUAUGCUCUCUACAACAUGCUGGUGGCCCACUCAGAGAUGGUGUGUUUCCUGGUCAUCAUCCUCAACCACAUGAUCUCAGCGUCCGUGGCCACGCUCGUUCUGCCCAUCCUCAUCUUCCUCUGGGCCAUGCUGUCUGUCCCAAGGCCCAGCAAACGCUUCUGGAUGACCGCCAUCGUCUACACCGAGGUCACCAUCGUGAUCAAGUACUUCUUCCAGUUUGGUUUCUUCCCCUUCAACCAAAACAUUGAGCUGGACAUGUCCAAACCCUUCCACCCUCCCAACAUCAUCGGUGUGGAGAAGAGGGAGGGAUACGUGCACUAUGACCUGGUUCAGCUGCUAGCUCUGUUCUUCCACAGAUCUAUUCUCAAGUGUCAUGGGCUGUGGGACAAGGAUGACCCCAGGGGAGGAGGGGAAGAAACCCCUAAGCAGCACCACCCUGACAGGGAGAAGAGGUCCAGCUCCAGGCGUGUGGAGAAGCAGGCCUCGGGGGGCAGUAGCUCCCUGCUGGAAUCGGUACGCGCCCGCUUCCCCCGCCGCUUCUACUCCCUGUCCACCUCCACCCAGCUGCGCCGCAAGAGCUCCAGCGCCGCUUCCCACCUCUCCCAGCGCACCCUGCGCUCCGGCCACUCCAGAGGAGACAGCGUGAGCUCAAGGCAGAGCCUACGGAGAGGGGACAGUGUGAGGAGUGUCCAGCAGAGGAGCAAGAAGGAGAAGAUCCUGGACAAACUCAGAGAGCAGCUCAUCAAAGCCAAGAGCUUCAUUGUCAAGAAAACUCUGGAGAUCUACAUCCCCAUCCGUCAGUUCUUCUACAAUCUGAUCCACCCAGAGUACAGUGCUGUGACAGACGUGUAUGUGCUCAUGUUCCUGGCCGACACUGUUGACUUUAUCAUCAUCGUCUUCGGCUUCUGGGCUUUUGGGAAACACUCUGCCGCAGCUGACAUCACUUCCUCCCUGUCGGAGGACCAGGUUCCCGAGGCCUUCCUGGUGAUGGUACUGAUCCAGUUUGGCACCAUGAUCAUCGACCGAGCCCUCUACCUCCGCAAGACUGUCAUGGGAAAAGUCAUCUUCCAGGUCAUCCUGGUGUUCGGUAUCCACUUCUGGAUGUUCUUCAUUCUGCCUGGAGUCACGGAAAGACGGUUCAGUAAGAACACAGUGGCCCAGCUGUGGUACUUUGUCAAGUGCAUCUACUUUGGCCUGUCGGCCUAUCAGAUCCGCUGUGGCUACCCCACCCGUGUCCUGGGCAACUUUCUCACCAAGAGUUACAACUACCUCAACCUAUUCCUCUUCCAAGGGUUCCGCCUGGUCCCGUUCCUGACAGAGCUGCGAGCGGUGAUGGACUGGGUGUGGACGGACACCACUCUCAGCUUGUCCAGCUGGAUCUGUGUAGAGGACAUCUACGCUCACAUCUUUGUUCUCAAGUGCUGGAGGAUGUCAGAGAAGAGGUACCCCCAGCCUCGCGGGCAGAAGAAGAAGAAGGUGGUGAAGUAUGGGAUGGGAGGUUUGAUCGUCAUGCUGCUCAUCUGCAUCGUUUGGUUCCCCCUGCUUUUCAUGUCGCUGGUAAAAUCCGUGGCCGGCGUGGUCAACAAACCUCUGGACGUAUCGGUCACCAUCACCCUGGGAGGCUUUCAGCCCAUCUUCACUAUGAGUGCCCAGCAAAAUCAACUGAAGGACAUCAGCAAAGCAGAUUUUUCAGACUUCAUGAAUUCGUACAACUACAUUCCGUCAGCGAUGCAGUUCCUGGAGGCAUACACGUCAGAGGAUGUGACUGUGGCGGAGCUGGAGGGCAGUUCCAAUUCCUUGUGGACCAUCAGCCCCCCCAGCAGGAAGAACCUUAUGGAUGUUCUCAGCAAGGAGGAAUACUUCCCUGUCACCAUGUCCUGGACCAUCCAGAGGAAUCUCAGUCUUGGAGCCAAAGCUGAAAUUGCGACAGAUAAACAUGUAGCAUACCUUGAUAUGACAACACGACAAGAGUUAGUAGAUCUCCUGAAUGGGACCAGAAACCAGGCUGUGGUCAUAGCACAAGUCUUCCCAUGCUUCCUCCGAGCUCCCAGUGACUCCAAUGCCAAACCUAUAGAACAACUCCAUAAAGACAACGGCUACAAGAACAUCCUGCUCGACCUGGAGAGAACCCACAACAGCAGUGGUGAGAUCCAGGAGUGGUGGAUCGUAGACCAGCCAUCGGCGGGACAGAUCCAGAUGAGGGGUGCGGCGGUGGGGAAGAAGAGAGAGGCAGGCCUCCAGCUUUACGUGUUCAGUGACAAAGUCAGCCCGCCCAGUCUGGGCUUCCUGGCAGGAUACGGGAUCAUGGGCCUGUAUGCAUCGGUGGUGCUGGUCAUCGGCAAGUUUGUGCGCGAGUUCUUCAGCGGCAUCUCCCAUUCCAUCAUGUUUGAGGAGCUGCCCGCCGUGGACCGCAUCCUGAAGCUGUGUACCGACAUCUUCCUGGUCAGAGAGACGGGCGAGCUGGAGCUGGAGGAAGACCUAUAUGCCAAGCUCAUCUUUCUCUACCGUUCACCAGAGACUAUGAUCAAGUGGACCCGGGACCAAAAAACUAAAUGACAGUGCCACCUAGUGGGGGGCAGAGACAUGAAAAAAGCACAAUCCAGCAGGAAGUAGCUAGCUCGCUAUGCUCCCUGUACUUUGGUGGGAUGGUAUUAAGGGACCCUCUCCCUAUCAAGCCUGCCAUGAAAAACAAUGACCUACACAUGAAAGGUGACUUUGAAGAACAGCGGUGGCUGGUGGCACUUUAAAUUAGGAGGACGCGCUCAUAGUAAUGGCUGGAACGGAAUGAAUUUAGUGGUAUCAAACACCUGGUUUCUAUGCGUUAGAUAUCAUUCCAUCCAUUAUUAUGAGCUGUCCUCCCCUCACCAGCCUCCUCUGUAAGAAGCUGUUUAUUGUUUGUACUCGUUUAGUACAACUCUGAAGAAUUGCAGCCAUCAGUCAGUGUGUUUGAGAUGUCACAGACAGGCAGGGAGACAGACUGCAGCUGUCCUGCCUGCCUCCAGACGUCUGGCCUUUUUCCUAUUGGGAAACAUGAACAAAGGGUUGUGCAAUAUACUGAUAGCUGGCUGUAAACUUGAACCGACAUGUUUUCUUGAGCUAACACGGGAGAAGGGAAAAGAGAAGAGAAGCGGGCAGCGACUGAGAGACACUUGACACUUUGAUUUUCCAAGAUAUUUCCCUUUACAAUAGCCUACCUGGAAGUGCUUUGGCUUUUCCAGCAAGACAACACACUGGGCACACACUGGUUUAAUCAACGUUGUUUCCAUGUAAUUUCAAUGAAAUUACGUUGAACCAACGUGCAAUAGACGUUGAAUAGACGUCUGCGCGCAGUGGGAAGUUACAAUAAUUUGUUGCCGUUCGUUUUGUUUCUAGAGUAAUCAAGGGAGCUGUGGCAGACAUCGUUCUCAGGAAAUGUGGAUCAUCUCACCAGAAAGGGAUUACGUUUUUGGUUGUUUGAACCUGUAGUACAUCUAGGAAAGAGAAACAAUAAAGGGGAAGAUGCGAUGUGAUGAACACUGUAUAGAGAUUAGAAUUAUAUUUCUAUAUUAUGGAGCAUGUCCAUCUUGAUGGCGCCCCUAUAAAGACCUAAGAAUUGAGGGCCUAAAUACAGAUACUGUCGUUGACGUGUGUAACCUGUGUCGGUUAUAUUUGAUUGCUUGAAAAACCCUUGUUUUUGACAUUACAAGUUAGUGUUAUUUUAAAUGUACAAGUUCAUAUAUUCAACCAAAAUGUGAUCAAGGCCAUCAAAUCUAUGCAUUGGAAAAUGCAGCACCAUGUGUAAGUGAAUAGAUUGUUUUCAUGUGUAA